CAAGAAUUGGCAUUGUAUUGCAUCAAUAUCAAAGCUAACCACUUAUUUGCAUUUGGUAGCAGAUUCCAUUCCAAAACAGUGUCAGCAAACAAUGACGACGACGACAGCAACAACCUUUGAUGUCUCCGCCGCUUGUUUUCGUGUUCCUCCUUCGUCUUCUCCUCGUUUCUCACGCAAUCCAUGCCACACCAGGUUUUCAGUUCUGAACUCCUUGAAUCCUCACAGGGGACGGAUUAGCGUGAACGUUCCACCCAAGUUUCCAAACUUCCGGAGGGAAGUUGCACUGAAGGGGGAUUUGGAGGCUGUUGUUCCAACUUCGGUGCCUGUGCGUGUUGCAUAUGAACUUCUUCUAGCUGGUCAUCGAUAUUUGGAUGUGAGGACCCCAGAAGAGUUUGAUGAAGGACACGUUCCUGGCGCAAUAAACAUACCUUACAUGUUCAGAGUUGGAUCAGGGAUGACGAAGAACAGCAACUUCAUUAGAGAGGUAUCGUCACAUUUUAGGAAAGACGAUGAAAUUAUAGUUGGCUGCCAGCUUGGUAAAAGAUCUAUCAUGGCUGCGAGUGACUUGCUAGCUGCUGGGUUCACAGGACUGACAGACAUUGCUGGUGGCUUUGCAGCUUGGACACAAAAUGGGCUUCCAACAGAACGAUGAAGUGUUCCUGUUGGAGCUGCAGCUGUAUAUAGAAUAAGUUGUGGGAUGAGUCGCAUGCAUGAAAAUGCGGAAACAUCUCACCAAGACAGUGGGAAUCUGACACAGUGAAAACAAAAUGAAAUCUGAUACCAGAAAAGUUCAUGUAAAAAUGUGGAAAAAGAGGGUUUGUGAAUUUGUCGAUAUAGACAAUUAAAAAAAAAGGUUAAUAUUUUUCGAACUUUGCAAAGAAA